AUUAUCGAUAUCUCCUGAUUUUAGUUUGGAAAGUUGACAGGUAUAACCCGCGCGCGUUUAUAACAUUACAUUGAGGUGUUCUUACGAGUAUAUCGGACAAUCCACUUACUCAGUAGGUAUCUCUCUCAGAUUCAGCUUAUAUCUGAAAGAGUUAUGGGCAAUUUACACGAGGCGAAUUUUCGAGCCAUUCCACUAAGCCAAUCUAAUUCUCAAGCCAUUGAUGAAGCCAGUCCAUUGUAAUAGAACGCUUUCAAAUUUGUUCGAGCCAAUGCUUCUCGCACCAAUCUCGCAGUGGAUUGUGUAAAUGAACGACACGAAUUUUGCUCUAUCCAUUGUAUUGGUUUAUUGGAUUGCCUAUGUAGAAUGGGUCGAAAAAUCGCCUCGUGUAAAUAGCCUAUUAUGGCUUUUGAUUCUUGCCUCAUUUCGGCAGAAAAAUUGAUCAUGUCAUGUCACGCUCAUGCCAAUAAUACCUAGCUGUUUAAUGUAAUAUUUAGAAAUUUUACCGUUACAAAAUUAUUUGUGAGUUAUCAUCAUGUUCAGCUCGACCCGCAUCCUCGGCGCCCGUGGUGCCCAUAAAAAAGACAUUUUCGACAGACUUACACCGGUGCCCGCUUGCUGUUAUUGUAUUGUUAUCAAAGUGGGAUGUUUUCUUAUAGCUAUAAUUAUGAUUCUAUCGGGCAUUGGUGCCAUGAGCAACACUAUGGUGGUGACCGAAGGGACUGACCAAGUCUUGUGCCAUUUGAAGCCGCAGGAAAACUGCCCAUACAAGUUGAUAAUUAUAGUUACAGCAUACGUGGACGCGUUCUAUGGUAUAGCCGUCCUUAUUUCCAGUUUGGCUUAUAUGAUUGGCCUUUUUAUUAGUGAAAUAUGCGACAAUAUUUUUAUACGUCAUGUUUAUUUACAUCGGAUUAAUUUUUUUGGAGAGCGUUGUAGUCGUUGUAGUCAGAAACAUAAGCAAGAAUUGUGAAAUAGAAUUUCAGCAAGUGAUCACUUGCAUUUCUGGGACCGUCUUGACAAUAAUUGCAUGCUGCCACUUCAUAUUGGUCGUUCAGAGUUACCGCGUGACCAUGCGCCAAAUAGACGCUCAGAUGAUAUCCGUCGCUAACUUGCAGUUGCCGUCGUCGUCUCACGCGCCCUAGUUGAGCUACUGAAGUGGAAAUAACGAAUAAAUAGGUAACAGUGUGGUCCCGCCCUCGAAUAGGACCACUCCAAAUCGUCGCGUCCCCCUCCCGGCUUAGGGACACAUGCCUUAACAACUGAUAGCCAAUAAUAUCAUCCCUAAAGAGGGUUGACACUCAUAAAGAGGAAGUGUUUGUAAGUGUGUGUGCAAGAGGUAAUUUUCGGAACUAUUGAAUCGAUGUCAAAAUUGCACAUAGGGUAAUUUUUAUCCUGAUAAUCUUACGUGACCGAAACUCCUGGGCGCAGCUAGUUAAAAGUUAAUAAAUACAUAAUUGUUUUUGUAUGUCUAAUAAAGUCGGUUUCAGGCAAUGAAUGAAGAACAGCGUUGUUCCUCUACUAAUCUGAUCAAUUAGGAUGAAAUGAGAAACGAUUUGUGACUUGCGGUCUUGCUGAUAACACAGGACCAUACUUACUGCAAGACGAUGUUCUGAACCAAGUGACGAGUUUUCCUUUACAUUUUGCGGACGAGACGUCGUCAAGGAUGUUAUAUCGGCCAACGAUCUGUAAACUAAGGAUGCCGAAAACCGAAGCGAAGUAGAGGAGACAAGGCUUGGACCCUGGGCUCCGAAGCUACAGGCUACAGGAAUAUCAGAGGAAACAGUGGUUACAAGAGCAGAGGGAGACCAAAAAGAGGUGGGAUGGUAUAGACUGCGUGAAGGAAGAUAUGAAGCUGUUAGAUAUGAGCACGAAUUUGAUGGCUGUUCAAUUAAUUUAUAAAUACGUAACAAAAUUGUGCUCUAUAUCAUUUUCUACUAACAUAAAAAACAUUUAAUUGUAUAAAAAGUUAAAUUACAGCCAGAAGAGAGGAUUACAGAGCGUGUGCUAAUUAUAUGAAAUGUAUAGGUGUUACUCAAGGGAAAAUACAAGAUCUUGAUUUUCCAUUUUCAUUAUACAAGUUCCUUUGUUGUCCUUAUUACUACCAAUCUAUACUAUUAUAAAGAGGACAGUCUCGCAUUGAUUAUCAAUCCUAAUCCAAUAACUAAAACCCUGAGUGGUUGCAACUACAACUACUCGAAUAAAUGUGAAGCCAAGAAGUUUUUCCAGUUUCUGUUCUAUUUUGACGCUUUCCGAGGUGUUAUCAAUAUAACCGCUUGCUUAGCUUUACUAUUAGGUAUAUGUAUGAAACAGACUACAGGUGUAACGUUAUUUUUAUCUACUGUAAGCAUCCAUUUAAUAUUGGGGAUAACGCUAAGCCUCUUAAUCAUCUUGGUCAGCUUUCUUACGGACCACUGCUUGAUGAGCGCUCAAGAUUCUACCCUGUGCUUCAUUGCUCUUGUUUUAGGAACCAUAAUAUACUUAUAUUUCCUAUUGGUCGUGAAGAGCUACCGGACAGACUUGUAUGAAGAGGGUGAACAUUCAUGUUUUCGUCUUUCUCCUAGAGCUAAGUUGGCAAGGGGAUCGCAGCAAAUUGAUCAAAACCAUCCAACAGUUUCGCAGCAAACUAGUUCGAGCCAUAAAGACAACUCACACCAGAAAUUAAAUAAACCAUUUCAUUCCCAUUCUCACCAAAGAAAAAGGCAUCACGAAGUUAUCACAACUCGACAAUAUGCUGCGCCGCAGCCAACGAGCAAGUCCGCACAUAGACCCCAAGAAUUUAGGGGCCCUCCACAACCUCCUGAGCCCAGGUUCCCGGAGCCGCAGCAAACUCAAGAAUCCGAACAAAUUGAUGGCCAGCAGGAAAUCCAAAUGUAUAGUUUUGAAGAAACUAGUGAACUUCUUAUACUCUAUUCAUCCCGUGAUAAAACGAAUAUAAACCAGGAAACCAGAGAUAGACCCCAAAUAUCCAGUGAACUUCCACAACAAACUAUUGAAGUGAAAAUUAGUACACACGAAUAUAACGAAGCUAAAGAAUCGCCCGAAAACGAUGAGCACCAGGGUACAAGUGAGCCCCAGAGUACGGGUGAGCCCCAUGUUGCUAAUGAGCUUCCAGUUGCUAGUAAGUCCCAGGACUUUAAAAGCUCUCAUAUUGCCAAUAGACCAGAAGGUGCUAUUGGGUAUCAAGACGUUAGUGGACUUCAGGAUGUUACUAGUGCGCAGGUCUUUAGUAAGGAUCAAAAUGGUGGGGAUCUUCAGGAUACUAGAGAUGCCCAGAGUAUCAGUGGGCCCCAAGAUGUUGGUAAGGGCGAAAGGGAACAGGAUACCAGUGAGUUUCAGGAUUCUAAAGAGGGUCAGGAUGUCAUUGGGACCCAAGAUUAUAGUAGAUAUCAGGAAAUUAAAAGAGUACAAGAUUCCAGUGGGCUUUAUGAUGACAGAGUGGCCCAGGAUAUCAGUGGGCCCCAUGUUAUUGAGACCCAGGAUGCUAAAAAGGAACAGAAUGCCCAUAAGCUUCAGAAUUCUGGAGAGGGCCAGGCACUCAGCGAACCACCCCUAAAUACAAGUAGGCCUCAGGAUACAGAGGUCCAGGAUGUAUCUGGAUCCCAAGAUGUUAGUGGGACCGCGACCCAGAAAGCUAAAAGAGAACAGGAUGCCACUCGGGUUCAUGAUGCUGGAGAUGCCCAGGAUAUCAGGCCUCAGGAUACUAGAGAGGCUGGGGAUGUUAGUGGACCCCAGGAUAGUAGUAUACCUCAAGACGCUAAGAACGAACAGAAUGACUUUAGGCUUCAGGAUACUAAACAGACUCAGGAUGUUAUUCCACCACAAGAUAUUAGUAAGCCUUCGGACUUUAAAAAAGAACGGGAUGCCAAUAGGGCUCUGGAUAUAAGAGAUACUCAAGAUGCCAGUAAGUCUCAGCACACUAGAAAGUUAGAUAAUGAUGUCAGUGGAACCCAAGAUGCUAAAAAGGAACAGGAUAUCAAUGGGCCUCAGGGUGCUAGAGAGGCCCAAGAUAUUAGUAAGUCUCUAGAUGUUAGUAAGCCUCAGGACGUGAGUAGCGAACUGGACGACAUCAGCUCGCGUGACACUGCUAGAGAACAGGACGUCAGUGGACCACAAGAUGCUAGUACCUCACAGAACGCUAGUACAUCACAGGACGAUAGUAGGCCCCAAAAUACGAAAAGAAAACCUCAGAGUGACAGUAGCCGACAGAAUAAUAAUCAAUCUUGUUGAAACUUGAUCUUAAUUUGAUCACUAUUUGGGGACGAGACGGUUCCGACGUUUUGUGCAAUGCGUCGGGAGCUAAAUCAAGGGCUGUGACUUGUGGAUAAUAAAAUUUAUACAGAUAAAGUAUUAAGUUUUUCAUAUUUUGUGAAAACUGUCGACUGCACUGUCAACGCUGGGGCCUGUUUCGCCUUAAGCGUGCAUUUCUUGUUGUUUCCACUAAUGAAAAAUUCUUGCUAAGUAAAUCCUUUUUGACUAGGUA